UGGAAAAUGACCUAACUUCAAAAUGCCUAGCAGUACACAGCAAAUUAGUGACUUGGUGGUCUGUUGAUCUUCUGUGUGCAGUCUUCGUCUUCUGUCGACUAGUUUGGCCAGAGACCGUAAGUUCAGUGAGGACAACAGCUUACAAAGAAGGGAAUCCAAUGUGGAGGUUUUGUAGACGUAACAUAAACUGAAGAAUUUUUCAGGAAGAUGAUGUUGUAGUUGCUGAAAACACACACAGCUAUGGAAAAUAUGGAAAAUAGCUGUGCUGAGAAUGAUAUGGAUCUGAUCAACUCAACUGACCCUCCAAACUCAGAUGAAUCUGAUGUGAAGCCCAUUGUUAAGAAAGAAGUGGUGGACGACCUCCAAGAUGGACCUGAGGUUUGGCCUGUUAUUAAGAGAGAAGUUGUGGUCGACCCGCAAGAGAAACCUCCGGUGUGGCCUGUUGUGAAGACAGAAGUAGUUGACGACAGCUUUGGAGAAUGUUACCAGUGGCCGAUUCUGGACCCCGGGGGUAUUCCAACGGUUAGUGGUGGAUCUCAGGAGUUGCCAGAGGGUGUUACAGGCACAAGCAAUAACAAACAUGAAAACCAGUCUUUUAUUAACACAGAAUGUGAUAAUCCCUCAACAGAACCUGAUUCCUGGUCUAUCAAAGUAGAAGGUGACGAUCCUACAAGUGAACCUCACGUGUGGCAAGUCGUUAGGCAAGAUGAGGAGUGUGAUUCUGACGAAAAUGAGGAAGAUCAGGAACAGGGAGGCUCUCAUCUGAGCAAGGUUCCCGUAAUUCCCACAGGCGGAACUCCUUAUGUAUGUGUUUUUUGUGGAAAAAAUUUCACAUGUGUUUCUACCUUGUUAAGACACAGUCGAGCUCACGUUAGUACAGUUGGCAAACCUCACCCCUGCAAUAUCUGUGGCAAAGUCUUCAGGGGGCCGCGCUCUUUGAGAACUCAUGAACGAAGACACACAGGCGAAAAACCUUAUUGUUGCAACACCUGUGGAAAAAGCUUCACUCUGCAGUGCACGUUGAAAAAACAUGAACGAACGCACACAGGUGAAAAGCCCUACGCCUGUGAUACUUGCGGCAAACACUAUACCCAGCGGGCAGGGCUGAUAGCACAUCGUCGAACGCACACAGGGGAAAGGCCGUUUACUUGUGACAUUUGCCACAAAAGCUAUCCCUAUAAAUGCGUCUUGGUAAAGCACCAACGGUCACACGCAUCUGAAAAAGGAUACACCUGUAAAGCUUGUGGCGAAAGCUUCCGAGAUCAACGGGAACUUAAGUCGCACUGUAAGACGCACAGAGAUCAAGGGCCGUACAGCUGUAAAAUUUGUGGAGAAACCUUCGACCAUCAGUCCAGUCUGUUAAUACACGGUCGAAAACAUACAGGUGGAAAGCUGUACACCUGUGAUACUUGUGGGAAAAACUUUACUUUGCCAUCAGCAUUGGAAAUUCACAGACGAAUCCACACAGGUGAAAAGCCGUACAUCUGUGAUACUUGUGGGAAAACCUUUGGACAUCGGUGCAACUUGAAAAGACACUGUCAGUCACACACCGGUGAAAAACCUUGCAUCUGUGGUACCUGUGGAAAGGCGUUUAUCAAUCAGUCGUGUUUAAAAAAGCACAGCAGAGUACACACGGGUGAAAAGCCGUACACAUGCAGUACGUGUGGUAAAAGGUUCUCUCAGCAGUCUGCUAUGAAUACUCAUAAGCGAAUCCACACAGGUGAAAGGCCUUACGUCUGUACUACUUGUGGCAAAAGUUUUGUCCGCCGCUCGACUUUGACAUCUCACGUACAAACACACACAGGCGGAAGUCAUUUUGUCUGUAGUAAGUGUGGCCAGAGUUUCACCACACAAUCCGGUUUGAUCUCGCAUAGUCGGAUACACACACGUGAAAAGCCUUACGGUUGUAACUACUGUGAGGAGAGCUUCGCACAUCAAUAUAUGUUGAACGCGCACAUUAAGAAACACCUGCCUCAAGAUGGCUCGCACACAAAGUUUGCUUUCUGGAACGGGCGUUACUUGCUUCCGAAAUCAUCCUGAAAAUAAAACUGUUACAAAUAUGAGAAGGAAGUCUGACUUCCGGAAGGGCGAUAUUUGUCACAAAUUAUCAAAUUAUCAAGGAAACAACGCUUGUUGGUAGAUGCCAUUUAGAAAGUGAAUUUCAAGUGACUGUAGGAAAACCUGUAACCUCCGUUUAUAUUUUGCAGUAUUAACUGUUUCUCACCUUAUUUUGUAUUUGUCGGCAUGUUACGGGAUAUCAGAUUUGUAUACUUAAUAUGUAGGCCUACUGUGUUUUUCUUUAAAUUCAGAAUAUUUUCCCCUUUAAAACAAUCAACAUAUCUAGAAAGAUGAUGAUUUCCCACCUGACGGGCGUGUUUUGUGUUUCUUCAUGCUGGGAUUGCAUGUGUUCCUGAUAUGCUCACAAAAGGACCUGCUUGACCUUUUAGGGUUUACCACGGCGAGGUCACUUGAUUUGCCGGAAAUCACGCCAAUGGUUAGUCGAGGGUGUAAGCCGGUCUGACAGGACAUUCGAACACCUGCUCAAGAUUGCGGAUAAAUGAAUUACGCUAUAGACUUGCAAAUA